GUACUGCUUUGGGACGUGCGCUUAUAAAAAAUAAAUGUUUUCAUAAUGUUUGGAAUUACUUUUGGUGUAUUCUUUAUUUGGAUAAUAGGUGUCUUUAUAAGUUCGUCAGAUGGCGUUGUGCUUAAACUGACUCCUCCGUGCCAGAGAAGAUGCACUGUUAUUGCUGGGUCCGCUUUCAAUAUCACGUGUCAACGUUCAGAUACUGCUGUGGCAUGGUUCACGUGGUACCUUGAAAAUGGUCAUACACGUGAUCGCUCUAAUGCGCUAACCCAAACACAGGCAUCAGCAACAGAGGGCGUCAACAGUACACUUAGUUUUAUUCCUGAAAGAAAACACCAUGGAUGGAACCUUUACUGUUUGGCAAAUUCUAUUGAGAAUAAUCGCUUUAUUCAUUCAGAGAAACCACGACUACAAGUGUUAUAUGGACCAGAAAAACCCUUGAUCAAAGUAGGAGGACAAUACAUUAACUUAAACACUGUAAGUAUAAUAGAAGGAAAAAACAUCUCCGUAGAGUGCUUGGGAGACAGCAACCCAUUGCCCACAGUAACUUGGUACAAAGAAAGUUCUCAACAAAAUGGGAUGUGGCUUAACUUUACAAACAUUGGCCGUCAUAGCGAUGGGGCAUUUAAAUGUUCUUUGGAAAAUCAAAUGAAAGCAUCAGACAACAACGAGCGAUAUGGGAGAAACGAAAGUUAUCUAAAUUUGGAAAUUCUCACACCACCAACGGCACCUAUCAUAAGUUACAACGGUAAUCACAUUCUAAAGAGUAUCACCAUCAUCGAGGGAAAAUACUAUGACUUUUACUGUACUAGUUCAGGAAAACCAUCACCUCAGAUUAAUUGGCAACUGUUGAAUAGAACGACUGAACAUCACGUAUUACAAAUCCGUAAUGUUGGCGCAUUACAAAACACGACAAUCACAUGUUGCGCCAAGAACCACAUGAUACCAGCAGUUGGUGUUCCGGAGCAUGGAUCGGAAUGCACACAUCUGAAUCUGAAUGUUUUACAUAAACCAAAGUUUGCUUUCAAUGACGCGUAUGCUGUAACAGAGAACGAUUCGUUCAACAUAACAUGUACAAAACAAAACAUUAACACGGUUAUCACGUGGACGAGGCAAGGAGACGAGGAUUGGUCAGAGAGCCACAACACAAUAUACUGGACAGAAGUCAGAAGGGAGAACGCUGGCAAUUAUACCUGCAAAUUUCGAUAUUCGAUCACGGAUUCGUUUAAUCAUUUCAUCAGCGGUGACUCUGAAUAUUCAUUCCAUUUCAAUGUUGAAUAUCCAGCGAGUGUAAUUAAGUUUGAGGCUGUGGGACACAGUGACUCUGUCGUUGUAAAUGAGAACAAAAGCGUGACCUUCAGAUGUAACGCCACAGGGAAUCCUAGUCCAACAAUACGAAUAAAGAACAACAAUCGUGUACUAAAGCAACGAAAUGCGAUUUCUCUCGGAAAUAAGGAAAUCAUGACAUGCGCACACACGGGAAAAUAUUCGUGCUAUGCCAGGAAUAUCAUAAACGAAGAAGAGUCAACAUCUAAAGACAUCGACGUUUUCGUUAUGUGCUCACCUCGACCUGCUUCAAACAUGCUUUCAGAGUUUAACUUCACGACUACUCUACAUUCAACUGUAAUACUGAACUUCACAGUGAUUGCCUAUCCAGAACCAAAGCCUUCAGAUUAUGUUUGGAAGAAAUGUGAUGUUGAAGAAUCGAAUGGAACUUUUCAAUGCGUCCCACUUGUUGACGAAAGGCACUUUAACGUCUCGAUAGUUAAUUUAACCUCGUAUCUAACGAUUUCAGAUUUCACUCAGCAUGAUAUUGGUCGCUAUAUGUUGUCUGUAGAAAAUGGUGUUGGUGACGCAUGGAAUCAGACGUUCCUCGUCGUGAUCAAAGAUAAGCCCGAAGCACCGCUGUUGUUUUAUGAAAGCACAGCUCCGCAUUCCGUCAUUCUAACAAUGACUGCAGGCUAUAGCGGUGGUAUCUCACAGUCAAUAAUACUCCUUUACAAAAACAUACACGCUUCGGAAUGGAUCAAAGUAGAUGCGAUUAGUGAUGUUCCCACAAACUAUACCUUUUCGUGCACAUUGACUGGGUUAGAUUCCAACAUAAACUACACUGCAAUUACAUAUGCCAGCAAUGAAUUAGGGAAUUCCACAACUGUGUCGAUAUACUUCACACCUGCGGUACUCGAAAAAUCAUAUAAGCCCGGAGCACCGCUGUUGUUUUAUGAAAGCACAGCUCCGCAUUCCGUCAUUCUAACAACGACUGCAGGCUAUAGCGGUGGUAUCUCACAGUCAAUAAUACUCCUUUACAAAAACAUACACGCUUCGGAAUGGAUCAAAGUAGAUGCGUUUAGUGAUGUUCCAACAAACUAUACCUUUUCGUGCACAUUGACUGGGUUAGAUUCCAACAUAAACUACACUGCAAUUACAUAUGCCAGCAAUGAAUUAGGGAAUUCCACAACUGUGUCGAUAUACUUUACACCUGCGGUACUCGAAAAAUCAUCACUGACGUAUUCACUUGCUGGCGGCGGUAUUGGUUUGUUGGUCUGUAUUGUUGUGGCAUUUGUGGUUUACAAGUUCAAAUGUCGUCAUCAUAGCGGAGUUAUCAAAAUCAAAGCGGACAGGGAUGAGGUCGUUGAGAACCCAAUGUAUAUUCCUGCAGGCGAUUCUUUUUUCUACCAAGUGUCCAGAAUUAUUCCAGAAUUACCUCAUCCUUCGGCGGAUGAUGCAACAAUAUACAGCUCUCCAUACUCUUAUGGGAAAGAAGCACCGUACGAUGCAGAGAAAAAUGUUUCGGAAAACAUUUACCAUAACGUUUAUGAUGAUGUUCAAUGUGGCGAGUUUGAGGAAGAUGAAUUCUGGUCUGACUUUAGUGAUGAAGAUUGCGAGGUCAACUCUUCUGAAGUCGGACAAUCAGCCUCAACACUUUGAAGUCAAACAAUUGAUUUAUGAUGAUUGGGGACUAAUGUUCAAAAUGCAAUGUGUUAAACGAAACUGUCUUAGAUAAUACGUUGUAUCAAAAAUAUUGUAAGCUAUAGUAUACUGGCAAAAUAUAUGUAUACAAAAAAGAAACAAGAGAUGUGUUUGCCAGAAACACAAUGCCCCCUAUUGGGCCACUUUGUAGCCAUAUAUUUGACCUUUGACCUUGAAGGAUGACCUUGACCUUUCACCACUCAAAAUGUG